AUGGAACUUCGUUCUCGUCGGCGCCUUUUCAAUGCCACUGUUUCUGGGAAGGAGCAGCAGUCUAGGGACGAUGUCGUGACGGAAGUUGAAAAUAAUGGCCUAUGUGGGAACAAUAAAGAUAAAGAUGUUUGUGCUAUAUCUUCUGAUUUAGAUUCUAAUUCUGAUUCGGGUUCUGAUUUUGAAGAUGAAGAAUUUGGUGGGAAAUUCCUAACUGACUUGAAUGAAGAACCAACUUCAAGCAUUAGUGUUUCUAGUGGUGAAGAUAGCACUUCUGAUUCAUCUGACAGUGGCAAGCCUUCAUCCAAAAGGGGAAAGGCGCAGUCCAGAAAGAAGAGAAAAAGUUUCAAUUCAGAAAAUGGAGAACUGGGUGAUGUAAAUAGAGAGGUGGAGCACAGAGAUAAUGAUGAAUACUCAAUGGGUCUGCAACAAUCAGUUACGUUUGUUUUGGGGGAAACAGAAAAGAAAAAAAAUACAAAAAAGGCAAGAAAAAAAAACUAUCGACCAGUGUUGUUGUGGAAUGCAUGGGAAGAGGAACAAGAACGAUGGAUUGAUGAGAAUAUAUCAGAAAAUGUUGACUUAGAUAAUCAGAGUGAAGUACUGAAUGAAACUGCUGAGGCAUCCUCUGAUCUGACCAUGCCUUUACUUAGAUACCAAAAGGAAUGGUUAGCCUGGGCUUUGAAACAGGAAAAUUCUGCAAGUAGAGGUGGAAUACUUGCUGAUGAAAUGGGGAUGGGGAAGACUAUUCAAGCAAUUGCCCUUGUCCUUUCCAAACGUGAACUCCAACAAAGGAAUUUGUUGCCUGUGAUCAAAGGAACACUUGUCAUUUGUCCUGUGGUUGCUGUCACUCAGUGGGUUAGUGAGAUUGACCGCUUUACUUCAAAAGGAAGCACCAAGGUGCUGGUUUAUCAUGGGGCUAAGAGAGGAAGGAAUGUGGAGCAGUUCUUGGAUUAUGAUUUUGUGAUAACUACAUACUCUGUUGUUGAGUCCGGAUACAGGAGGCAUAUGAUGCCUCCUAAAGAGAGAUGUCCGUAUUGUAGAAAAUUAUUUUUGCAGCGCAAGUUGUUGUAUCAUCAGAACUAUUUUUGUGGACCUCAUGCUGUUAGAACAGAAAGACAAUCAAAGCAAGUUAAGAAAAAGAAAAGUGAAAAUACUAAAGGAAAGAUCAAGGAAUGUGACAAUAACAAAAUGUCAAAGCAUUGGAGUGAAAAAUUGGAAGAGGAUUUUGACAAGAAAAACGACGAAAUACACAAGAAAAUAGAAGAUUCAGAUGCUGUAUAUAGCGAUACAUCACUUCUACAUGCUGUCAAGUGGCAUCGGAUCAUAUUGGAUGAGGCACACUAUAUAAAAUCUAGACAUUCUAACACUGCUAAAGCAGUUCUUGCUUUAGAGUCUUCCUACAAAUGGGCAUUAAGUGGAACUCCCCUUCAGAACCGAGUAGGAGAGCUGUAUUCUCUGAUACGAUUCCUGCGAAUAACUCCUUAUUCCUAUUACUUAUGCAAGGACUGUGAUUGCAAGAUUCUUGAUCAUAGUUCUAAAGAAUGUUCGAACUGCACCCACAGUUCUGUGAGACAUUUCUGUUGGUGGAAUAAAUAUGUUGCCACACCAAUGCAAUCGUUUGGAAAUAAUGAUCGUGGGCAAAGAGCUAUGAUAUUGCUUAAGCAUAAAGUUUUGAAGAACAUAGUGCUAAGGCGCACUAAAAUAGGCAGAGCUACUGAUCUUGCACUUCCACCUAGAAUUGUUACAUUGAGAAGGGAUUGCCUGGAUAUUAAAGAGCAAGACUAUUAUGAAUCAUUAUAUAAUGAAAGUCAGGCACAGUUCAAUACAUACGUCGAGGCUAAUACUCUGAUGAAUAAUUAUGCUCAUAUAUUUGAUCUCCUCACACGGCUACGUCAGGCCGUCGAUCAUCCAUACCUUGUGGUUUAUUCUCAUACUGCGGUGUUAAGAAGUGAAAAUGUGAUAAGUAAUUCUACUGUUGAACAAGUAUGUGGCAUUUGCCAUGAACCAGUAGAAGAUCCUGUGGUUACCUCUUGUGAGCAUAUAUUUUGCAAGACAUGCUUGUUAGACUUCUCUGCUUCCUUGGGACAAGUGUCAUGCCCUUCUUGCUGUAAAUUACUUACAGUUGAUUUAACAUCCAACAAGGAAGUUGGGGAUCAUGCUAAUAAAACAACAAUUAAGGGUUUCAGAUCCUCAAGCAUUUUAAAUAGAAUUCGGCUUGAGAACUUUCAGACAAGCACUAAAAUAGAGGCUUUGAGAGAAGAAAUAAGAUUCAUGAUUGAAAGGGAUGGUUCUGCCAAAGGAAUUGUUUUUAGUCAGUUCACAUCAUUCUUGGAUCUCAUAAACUACUCUUUGCACAAGUCUGGAGUAUCUUGUGUUCAGUUGAAUGGAAGCAUGUCAUUGGCUGCUCGGGAUGCUGCCAUUAAGAGGUUCACCAAUGAUCCAGACUGCAAAAUUUUUCUCAUGAGCUUGAAGGCUGGAGGUGUUGCACUCAAUUUGACAGUAGCUUCACAUGUCUUCCUUAUGGACCCUUGGUGGAACCCGGCGGUGGAGCGUCAGGCUCAAGACAGAAUUCACCGAAUAGGGCAAUAUAAACCUAUAAGAAUUGUGAGGUUUGUUAUUGAGAACACAAUCGAGGAGAGAAUUUUGAAACUGCAAGAGAAGAAGGAAUUAGUGUUUGAAGGGACUAUAGGUGGCUCUUCUGACGCUUUGGGGAAAUUGACGGAGGCAGACUUGAGAUUUUUAUUUGUUACCUAAGCAGGCUUGUUAGCUCGACAUGAAAUUUUGUGGACGCUUGUCAUUCAUUUUGCGGAACUAUGUUUUUGACAGAAAUGCUUAGAGGUGUACAAGGAUGCGAUACAUCUAGUCCCAUUCCUUGAUAAUAUGUUUUGGCAACCAUCUGGCAAACAGUAACUGCAAUUGCUGCGCUGAUGCAUGUAGGCAAUUGGCACACUGUAGUUGCCUCUGCCCAUGAAUCUUGGCUCUUUCCCCUUGAAUUUA